AUGGUCCUCCUCGCACUUCUUCUCGUAUUUGGGAUGGCCCCAUUGGUCGUAUCCGCCCAGGAAGAUGCCACUGAUCUCUAUGUUGACCUGUCCUUUACGUGCCCAGUGACAACCACUUGCCCUCAGGUUUGCUCUCCAACUUAUGAUGACUGUCCUGAAGAGCUCAAGUGCAACAAUGUCAAUGAGACCCUUUGUGCUGAUGGAUCGUGUGCUGUGUUUUGUGAUCCAAGCUUGACAUCUCCCUGUGAGGAGAUCAGCUCCUGCUCUCCCGUGACUUGUGCCUCUGUGAACACCUACUAUGAUGCCUGCUUUGAAGACUAUGGGCCAUGGUAUGAGUUUGCGGCCAUGUGCCCCGGCUUUGACUUUGACGACGAUGCUGCUGCAGCUGGUGAUGUGGGCAAACUCUCAUGGACCAGUCCAGGAUAUCUUGCUGUUUACUGUUGGGUAUCCAUUAUCACAAUCUCUAUUCUACAUUGGUGUUGGUUCAACCACCGGGUCUGCCCUGUGGAAGGCUCUAUGGUUUCCAUUGAUACCAAAGAAGAAGACGGGACUACUAGGAAGACCACCCAAACUGGGUACAAACGUCAUCCAGUGGGAAUCAUUCUCUACCUGUUGACCUUGCUUACUUUUUUUGGUUGGUUUGCUCUGCUGAUUCUGUGUACCCAUCUGUACACGAUCAGUGAAGGUGAAGAUCUACUCAUGUCACUGAGAACUUUCUGUGUCGUCUGGGUGACAAGCUUCGUUUGGAAUGUUUCUCUCCUGUGGCCCUACAGCAUUGAAUCACUCUUCUUGCGACGUUGCAAGCUCAUGGAUGCAACCCAUGUGGCCAUCUUCCAUGAGACAAUUGACAGACCAGAUGAAAGGACCAAUGAACAGCAGGAAGAGCGUCCCAAGCACCACAAGUGUCCCUCAUUUAUCAUGGCCAUUGUCGAUGCUGCCCAGACGUUUGCUUGGGCCUACUUCACUUUUAUCUUUGCUGAUCCCCAGUGUCGCCCAGAUAGCUCAAAGGGGAUCUUUGACAUCUGCCCUGUACAAUGCAACGUAGAUGGUUCAAGAUACCUUGUCUUUCUCUUCCGCCGCUACAACUUCCAAAAGAUCACAGACACCUUUGAGCCAGGCUACUGGGCCAUGGGGAAGACCUUUCAAGACCUUAGCCCCAGGGGCAUCAGCACUAUUGAACAGGCUGAAUGGGCAUUGGAGAGAAUCAUGCUAAUGGAUGACAACUCAGAGUCCUUGGGAAUGGGGGAUCAACCAAUCCAUCCACGUUGGCAUGGAAAAGGACUCUCAGACAAGGAUGUCCAAGAGCGCUUUCGUGCUGUGGGACCCAAUAUCAUGGAAGUUCCACCUCCUUCCCUUUUUAAAACCUUCUCAACAGAGAUUGCAAAGCCAUUCUACAUCUACCAGGUGUAUAUUGUGUGGAUCUGGAUCUGCAUUGACUACCUGUAUGCCACAGUUUGUGUCUGGCUGAUGGUUCUUAUGACUGCAUUCAUAAUCUCCUGGUUCCGCUACCGUGGAGCUCAAGUCUUGUAUGCCAUCUCUCAUGUCUCCGACCAGCCCAGUUCAGUCCUUCGAAAUGGGAGGCUUGAGCUUGUACAACAAACAGAGCUUGUCCCAGGUGAUAUUGUCCAGAUUGAUGCUGGGAAGAUCAAUUGCGACAUGGUUCUUCUGACUGGUGAAUGCUUGGUGGAUGAAAGUGCCCUAACAGGUGAGGCCACACCUCAAGCCAAGAGUCCCAUUGAUCCACACAGUCGCCAGGUGUAUGAUCCAGCAGUUCACAAGAAAGUUACACUUUCAGCAGGAACCACUAUUCUUGAGUGUGAAGAAGCUUUGGCUCUUGUCAUGAAAACUGCUUCUAAUACCACCAAAGGGGAGUUGAUGCGUGAUGUUCUCAUCUUCAGAAAGCACACACUGAAGUUUCGAACAGAACUUCCCAUUGUUGUUUCCAUGCUGGCAACCUACAGCACUCUAUUCUUCUUGAUUGUCUUGUUUACCUCAGGAGAUGAAGCAAUUGUUUCAUGGUUCUUGGGCAUGACUGCCUUUUCCAAUGCAUUCCCUCCUCUCCUUCCUACAACAUUCAUCAUUCCAGUUGGAUUUGCAUUCGAGCGACUUGCCAGACAGGGUGUCGCUUGCUCCAAUUCUGAUAGCAUCUUGAUUGCAAGCCAAGUGAAUGUCGCAUUCUUCGACAAGACUGGAACCUUGACUAAGCAGGGAUUGGACUACGUUUCAGCUAGGAGUGCAGAUAGUUGGACCUGUGGGCAAUGGACUUCUGAUACCAUGGCCUUGGCAAUGUGUGUGUGCCAUUCCCUGACCAAAUCCAAACUUGGCACCCUCAUUGGCAACCCUGUGGACCGUGCCAUGUUUGAGGCCAGUGCAGGGGUACUUGUUGAAGCUUCUGGAGUGACUGCCAAAGUCAAGUCUAAAAGUGGUGAGACAUUUGAUGUCCUCCGCAGAUUUGACUUUGACCACAUUCGCAUGACACAAUCAGUGAUAGUUAGAAAGCCAGGUGGGACUAUCAGUGUGAUUGUGAAAGGUUCUGGUGAGAAAUUAAGCAUGCUCUGUGACCCUGACACAGUGCCAGACACCUUUGAAGAUCGAUUGAGGCAAUACUCUCGCACUGGAGUCUACCAGAUUGCUGUUGGCACAAAGGACUUGGACACCCAAAACAGGGUAGAAAUUGCAUCCUUGUCUCGAGAUGAAGUGGAGCGUGACCUAGAAUUCGCUGGUGUCUUGAACUUUGCAAAUCAGCUGAGGGAAGACACACCUGAAGUCAUCAAACAACUCCAAGAAGCAGACGUUCAGUCCAUCAUGCUGACAGGGGACAAUCUCCAUACCGGCAUCCACAUUGCACGCAAGUCCGGCAUUAUGGACAAGGACAAGAGUGUCUUGCUUGGUGUCCUAAACAAAGAAGAGGAUGUGGUCUGGAUGGAUGAAGAUGAUACUGAAAUGGAUAGACCCAGCAUCAAGGAUUCAGCCAAGGAGCUAACUGUUGAGUUGAGCAUGUCAGGGGAGGCAUGGCAAGUCCUGCUGGACACUGACAAAGUGUAUGCCACUGAAGUGGCUCCCUUCAUCCGAGUGUUUGGGCGUUGUUCUCCAUUGGACAAGGUUUCUGUUGUGGAUACAUUCACUUCACUUUCCUUCACCACCAUGAUGUGUGGUGAUGGUGGCAAUGACUGUGGAGCCUUGAGGGCAGCCCACAUUGGCUUGGCAUUGAGUGACAGCGAUGCUAGUGUUGUGGCUCCCUUGACUUCCUUGAACAAGGACAUUGCUGAUGUUCUAAAGGUCUUCAAGGAAGGUCGGGGAUCCAUGGCCUCUACCAUGGCGGCAUACAAAUAUGUGAUCUUGUAUGGAAAUAUUAGUUCCUACUGCCAGCUGAUCAUGUACUACCUCAAUGUAUCCUUCUCAGAUUGGAUGUGGUUCUUCACAGAUGUGCUUUGGACAAUGUCCUUCACACUAACGCUUCCCCUUUCCAAGCCAGCUCCCAAGUUGUCCAAAGCUCAACCCACAUCUUCCAUCCUGUCCCUCCAAACUGUUGGUGGUGUUGUGGGUGUCAUUGCCAUGAACUACAUUUACACAUUGAUUGCCUUUGCUGUGUUGUACAGUGAGGACUGGUACCAAUGCCGCAAAUGGGAAUCAGACAUCCAAGCAGGCAGCAUCCUUUCUGCCAGUGACAACUAUGAAACCUCAGUCCUUUUCCUGAUGGUUGGGAUCCAGCUAAUGGCUGCAGCUGCCUCUCUCAACUUUGGCUACGAAUAUCGCCAAGCUUGGUGGCGAAACUAUGUGUUUGCUGCUCUGGCCAUUGGCUUCAUUACAAUCCAUACUGUCAUCACCCUCCACCCUGGCAAUCUUUCCUGCCUCUGGCGUAUCAACUGUGACAAUGAGCAUGUUGUAAGAGGUGUUUUGGACUCAGAACCGGCUCCCAUUGGCAAUCCCUACAACAGCACCAUCAUGCCCAAUUCCUUCCGAUUCAAGAUGCUGGGGAUCAUGCUAGCCAAUUUUGUCAGUGUGGUCUUGUAUGAAUAUUUUGUGGUCAACGGGUUGUGGCAACAGAGACGUCUUUCAUCAAAGCAACUUGCUAUGCCUGCUGCCAAAGGAGACCUGGGCAGAACCGCAGCAACUGCUGUUUGA